AUGGAAGACUUUGACAAGGGGGUGAAGAUAGCAUCGAACCUCUAUGAAAUUUUUUGCAGGGCCUAUAAUAUUGACCAACAAUUCAUCCAACAAAAAACUUCCACCGAUAGCACUCAGCUGGGUAUAGGGCAGAAUCCUGUUGAGGCUAUGGAUUGCUCAUAUAAGAAGAUAACUCAAAAUGAGGUUGGUAAAUUUGAAAUUGGAAAGACAGAAAUUGUGCCAAAUAGUCCUUGUGUUGAUGUGAAACAAAUGCACGAUGAAGACACGAUAGAUAUAAACCUACUAAACCCAUUCCAAUGCUGUUUUGUAACCGAACCGUUGCAUCGGCAUCAAAUAAAGCCAUCUCCGGAUAAAGUAACGAUCGCCAGUAUAAUUUACCUUGCUAGACUCGACGAUAUCACUCGGGAUAUAUUGAAAAUUGUGGAUGUAAAUAGGGAAAAUGUUAUUAUCAAGUCAUUGUAUACGUUGACUAACAAACUUGAUCAUGAACCGGGGAAAACAAGGAUUAGCUUCCAGGAGAUGGUGAGUGUCAUGGCCAAGUAUGUGAACAGUAACAUCGAACUACCCCCAGAAAGAAAGGUGGAUUCUAAGCCAUGGGUGGAGGCCGUGGAGCAUAAUCUCCUAGGAAUAUGA